CAAUCUCAUCUAAUAACUACUUUCGAUUCUCUUCCGCUGGUCGGUUAAUCCAUUUCACAUCCUACAUCUUCUUCUUCACAACCAAUCGUCCAGAAAACAAACAAAAAAAAAAACCCUCUCUUCAACAAUCCAAAAUGCAGUUCUCUAUCACCGCCGUCGUUCUCGGCCUCGCUGCCUUUGCCUCCGCCGGCACCGUCGACACUGAAGGUGUCCGCAACGCACCUCGCAGUUCUGUUCUUAUUGCCCGCCAGAAUGGCCAGAACGGUGGUCGACCUGUCCCCAGCGGUGAAUGCUGCGUCGCCAACACUAGCCUGAAGCAGGACGCUUGCACGGCUGCCAACGGCCAAGCCGGUCGCUGUGUUCCCGGUGGAAACAACUGUGGUGGCCGACUGAGCUGCGUUGCACAGGCAAACUUGCAGUGUGAUGCGAACGUCAUCGAGCGUGGAAAGGACCUUUGCCGCGCCAAGGCCGCCAACGGUCUUUUUGAUGGCGGCCGAAUCAUUCAGAACCUCAGCCAGGCUUCAGUCAACUAG